UUCGACCCUUCAAACAUCCAGUUUUGCAGGGCUCUCUACGAUUUUAAUCCUGAAAACCCUCUCAUCGAAUUACCCUUCAAAAAGGGUGAUCUACUAGCCGUUUUAAACAAAUCAGAUUUAUCUCAAUCUCAAUGGUGGAAAUGUAGAUCCAGAGAUGGUAAAUCAGGUUACGUUCCUUACAACUACUUGGAAUUAAUCCCAAGA